CCUAGAUAUAUUCCAACACUUCAAGUCAAAAUAGCUUCAUUUCCAUUGUUUAACACGCUUCGCUCUACAGAGUUCGUUACUCUGUGCAGACCUUCAUUGAGAUGUCUUGUUAGGCCCAGCUCGUAAAUCCGUCUUUCACCUAGUUUAGUCUGCUAGAUUAUUCAAGGAAAAGAUUUUAGACAACAAAAGAAGAAAGGCCAAUGACCGUCCUUCAAGGGCCCAAAGAUAAGCAGAGAUUCGAAUAAAGCUGUGUAUACGUCUGGCUUUGUCACUAUACUUAUAGAACGAGGAUAUGAUUUCGCUAGUUACAAAGGACUGGCUGAUCAUGGCCAGCAACAAAGUGAUUGUUAGCACACAAUGCUGUAACAAGAAUUUAUCUUUUAAAUGCUGAACAGAUACAUAUAUGACGGCACCAAUGGACAUCAUCCGCAAAUUGUUGACCUGUUCACGAACGAUUAUUUACAGUAGAACUGUUACAUUCCCAAAAGACUCGCAUAUAAGAGAGCGUGAUCGGCGCAUCACGUUUGGUACGCCCGUCGGCAACCAUGCGAACUAAAGUGAUAUACGGUUCUAACGGUAGUAUUCUCGGGAAGAUACCCAUCAAAGUAAGCAUGGCAUCACACUCCGAUACCAACGGCGAAAGCGGGGAGCUCGGCGAGCUCGGCGAGAACGCGGCGGUGGCUACUACUCCUGAUACCAGCUCACCCCUGUCACCCCAGUCACCUCAUAGCGCUCAGAUCAGAACCCGAUUCGUUCAAAGAUCUGCGAUAUCAGAGUAUAGAGAAGCUCUUAUGUUAUAUGAAUCUUGCAGGUCUCGGUGGGCAGAGGUAAGAAAGCGCUGGAAUGUAGGCAAAGACUCGGUACAGAAUGAACAGGGCCUAUACGACCUAGUUCGAGGGUAUCUCCAGACGAUGGGUUCGGAGAGUGGCGGUGAUGGCCAGUGUAAAUCGUUCACUGAACACGACUCUUAUGUCCCAACGCCGAUGAUAACGUUCCUUAUCGAUCAGCCCACGAACCUCGUGUGCCAGAUCUGCAAAGAGGUAUCGCUUACGAUGGCCGACACGGCAGACAGUCUCGACCCCGAGACUCCCGCCAUCACGCCCUGCGGGCAUGUAGCGUGCCACAGCUGUUUAAGCUAUUGGAUCAGGAUGCACAAGAACUGCCCCUUCUGCCGCCAGGACUUGCGAUACAAGGGCUGUGGCCACAUGUUUAAGCCGCGCUUGAUCGCUCAAGACACCAUCCUCUCGCUUCCCAAGACGCUUGAAGAGGGCGGUGAAAUGGACGAUGGCUGUCCCCGCUGCAGUCGAAAGAGCAAUUUAGACUCUGCUAUUAAGGACUGGAAACACCUUGCGGAGACGUACAAGGAGCGGCGCAGGGACGCUGAGCUCCUUCAAACGAAAGAGUCUGUGAGCAGCAUGCGGGAGGCGCAGGAGGCGUUUGAGAGUAAGGCCGUUGACUGUCAUAUUCUCUACAUGUCGCCUCAGAUCACACCGUGGUGAGGAAGAACUUGCCUGUAUCUAUUAAGUUUCUCUCUUGUAAUUUUGGCUAUAGGGGGCUAGGCGUGUAUUUAUUUAGAGCUUAUUACGGGCCACCCGGCACAUGUGAUCUUUGCUAUUUCAUUCAAUAG